AGUAGAACAUUCUCAGUAUAAUGACUCGUGUUUGAAAUAAUCUAAUUACCGCUUUUACUUGACAAAAUCCGGAUUAAUCGAUCUGUUUCCAUGACAUCAUCACUUAGAAGAUUAAUGUUUAAACUUAUUUGUUGAUAUGUCCACAGCGGAAAAGUUGAAAAUGGAAAUGGAAGACAAAUCGUUGUAUAAUACCAAAUCAUCCGCGGAAAGUGAAGUGCACAAUAAGAUGUACCAUAAUCAGCUAAUGAACAGUUGGGCUACCGAAGAAACGGGUUGGUACAACAAGGAGGUUAACGCACGAAGCAGAUCUUUAACUCACUUCUCACUGGAUUCAUAUGCAAUGAUGGAAAUAAGUAGGAUAAGGGAUAGAUUGUUAAGAACUAAUGCACGCAUAGAACGUUCCAUGUUUAGAUACUUCAACAGAAACCAAACAAUGACAUUGUUAUCGUUGGCUAUAGUCGACUUCAUGUGUUUUUGCUCAAUGUCCAUAAUGGCACCGUUCUUUCCAAAAGAAGCGACCGAAAAGGGUUUAUCCAACACCCUUUCGGGCUUUGUGUUCAGCUUUUACGCACUAGUCAUGUUUGUGACGUCUCCAAUUUUUGGAAAAAUUUUACCUUUGCUAGGCGCAAAAUUUUUAUUCAUCUCAGGUAUCACUUUAACUGGUACCUGCAAUAUACUUUUUGGAUUAUUGGAAUACGUGCAAGACUACACCCUUUUUAGUACCUUAUGCUUUGUGAUCAGAGGAUUUGAGGCUGUAGGGGCCAGUGCAUUUUCUACUGCCAGUUAUGUAUUUGUCGUUCAUAGUUUUCCCGAAAAAAUAAGUUCGGUUUUGGGAAUUUUAGAAACAUUCGUGGGUUUAGGCUUGAGCGUUGGUCCAGCAAUUGGAGGGGUGCUGUACUCGUUGGGGGGAUUUCAGUUGCCAUUUUUUGUUUUAGGGGUUGCGAUGAUUGCGGUAACCCCAAUAAACGUUUUCCUUCUACCCCCAGUUAAUGAUUUCGUCGUUGGCACCGGUGGUGGCUCCAUUUUAAAGCUAUUGAAAGUUCCAGCUGUGAUUAUAACCAGUAUAGUAAUUAUAGUGAUCUCUAGUAUUUGGGCAUUUCUAGAUCCUACCCUGGAACCACAUCUGCGAGAGUUUAAUUUAUCGCCGGAACAAAUUGGUUUAAUCUUCUUUCUGUUUUCUGCGUUAUACGGUAUAUCAAGUCCGUUCUGGGGAUGGUUGACCGAUAAGUUCAAUAACCAUUGGUCGAUGAUGGUCAUAGGUAUGGUUUUUGCAGCCAUCGCUCUUUUAAUUUUGGGACCAUGUCCAUACAUACCAAUAUUAGUCAACACGAUUUGGUCCAAUCUUCUCGCUCUCUCAAUCUUGGGAAUUUUCGUUGCGCUAGCUUUACUGCCAGCAUUUCAAGGAUUGCUAAAAAGCGCGAUAGAUGGGGGAUGUGAUGACUCAUUGGCCACCUACAGUUUGGUAGCGGGAGUUUGGUCGGGCAUGUAUUCUUUGGGUGAAGUGAUUGGACCUUCACUUGGCGGCUACUUAUUGCACAAUUACGGUUUUGGAGUUUGCUCGACUGUAAUGGCUUUAAUAACUCUACUUACGGCUGGGCUGUUGUCGUUUGCGUUCCUCUUCCUCAAUUUUCAAAGCAAGAGUAAACGAAGCAAUAGUUACGAGUUUUCUGAUAGCGGCAUUAACGAAUCGUGGAAAACCGAUGAUCAUGAAGGAACCCCAUUAUUAAGCUCUAGAAGUAACCUUACACAGAGAAGUUACAUAGAGAAAAAGGUUCACUACUACGAAAGAAGUAGGAAAUACGAUUAUUUGUUAGGAAAUUUAGAUAGGAAUCAAGUGACUGACAUUCGUGGAACGAUCUCCAUUACACCAAAAGGCGCGUGCGAAAUUUAAUUAGGUAUUUUGUAAAUGCGUUAUAUAAAUAGGUAUCAUAUCAUAUAUUUAUAAUAAAGUUUCUUAAUAGUUGUA